GCGCAUGCGCAAGGCGGCGCGGCGGGCUGAGGGGCGGGCGGGGUCUGCUCUCCGUUUCUUCCCUAUUGCCCGACCCCUGCUUUUUGGGGGGCUGGGAGGGUCUGUUGACUCGGCCGGUGGGAGGUCAGACGGUGGCUCCUGGCUCUGGCGAGCCGUGGGGCUGGCACUGUUGUGAGGUCCGUGCGGAAAAGGCAGCGAAGAGCCGUGCCCGGCGAGUGCAGCCCCGUGGCUGUGCGAGCAGAAGCUGCUGUCACACCGGCUGCCACAGGGCGCCCUAUGGAGCAUCGCACCAGCGCUGCUGCUGGCUGCCUGCGCUCUGCCGUGGCUUUUUAUCCGGUGCCUGACAUCUGUUCGGAGAAUGGGGAUGUCCUUAAUUUGGCCAGAAGCCUGCUUUGUGUAUUUGUUUGUUUUUCUUUAUUGGAAGUGUCAAAAUACCUGCAGAGAUUUAGUUUGAACGAGGACAUGGCAGACACAGCACCAGUGGAGGGGACUCAUCUCAGGGCUACUUGCUGCCAUCUGUUCAAUUACAGCAUGAGGGAUGAAGCAAGAAGGCUGAGGACUUUCUCACAGUGGCCACGCAGUUCACCAGUGUCUGCCUGGGAUUUGGCCAAGGCUGGCUUUUUCUUUGUGGGUCCAGGAGAUCAAGUACAGUGCUUCAGCUGUGGUGGCAUCCUGAAAGACUGGGAGCCUGGUGAUUGCCCAAUAGUGGAGCACCUGAAGUUCUUCCCUUUCUGUAAAUUCAUUUACCAUGGAGCUGUUUGGAACCAACAGGUUCCUCUUCAGGGAGUGUUUGACAGUGUAGAUGGGCAGAUCCUCAGCCUCUUGCAGAGGAUAGACAGUGAGGAGACAGCCCUGCCCAACCAACCAGAGUACCCAGAAAUGGUAACAGAGGAGAUGAGGCUAUCAACGUUUCAGAACUGGCCACAGUAUACUGAGAUGCGUCCUGAGCAACUGGCUAGAGCAGGAUUCUUCUAUACAGGACAAGGUGAUGUGGUGAGGUGUUUUUACUGUGAUGGAGGUAUGAGGAACUGGGCAUUUGGAGAUGACCCUUGGAGGGAACAUGCCAAAUGGUAUCCAAGGUGUGAGUUUUUGUUGCGGUCAAUGGGGAGAGAAUUUGUUAGCAGUGUUCAAGCGUCCUUUGCCAGCACUCCACCUCCAAGAGAUUCCAGGGAUCAGAUGGGACAAGAGUCCUCUGCUUAUCAAGAUCUUCUAAGGAACUGGAAAUUGCAGUCUCUUCCUUCUCUGGAUCAGUUUUCUGUAGCACAGAAUGUCCUGGAGAUGGGUUUUAACCCUGCCUGGGUUGCUAGCCUGAUAGAGAAUAGAUACAUACUGACUGGGACUUUCUACCUUUCUGAGUCUGAACUGAUUUCUGAUCUGCUUCGGCCAGAAUGGGGAGAGAGCAGCAGUGCAAAGGAGAACAGAGAUGCUGUUCAGAGAGAGACUGAAACAUCAAGUUCAAGAGGAGAAAUGCAACCUGUGCAACAAAAAGAGGAGUCUCCAUUGAGCACAGAAGAACAGCUCCGACGCUUGCAAGAAGAAAGGAUGUGCAAAGUGUGCAUGGACAGGGAUGUGUCUGUUGUAUUUGUUCCCUGUGGUCACCUGGUAGCUUGUGGAGAAUGUGCCCUCAACUUGAGACUGUGUCCUAUCUGCAGAGCAGUCAUCCAAGGAAGUGUGAGGACUUUCAUGUCCUGAACCACAAUGUGCAAAAAGGAAAAAUAAGUGUCUAAAAUGCACUCCUAAGCCAGCAGAGAAAGAAAAUGUUUGUUACUGGAGCAGCCUUAUUUGCAGGAUAGCUUGACCUAAAACUCCUUUCUAUGUGGAGUGCUUCCAGUAAGAGCUGCUGAUUGGCUCUGGUCUUGCAGUAGGACUGCUCCAGAGAAGCUAUGCUAGUUUUCUGUCCUUUGAAAUGAGUUUUUUGCUGGAGGUAAUCCUCUAAAUACUUGAGUUCUCAAACAAAUCCCUUUUCUGCACUAAAAUCAAGGGCUGCUUUCAGCAGUCUGUCUGGUUUUCUUAAUUUAGCAGUUUAGAGAAUGCUAGGGCUGAUGGAUUCCUUCAUAAGUGUGAGUAAAGUUGGAGUAUUUUUAUACCAAAUGUGUUCUGUAGUAGCUAGGAUACUCAGUAGGAAUGUAUUGAAGGGGAAGUAGAAAGGAGAAUCUAGCUCUUCUAAGGUUGAAUUCUGUUUUUCUCUGACUUCUCAACAGUUGAAGAAACUAUUUUUAACAGUACUUAAAUCUACUUAACCCUGCUAUGUUUCUCCAACCUCUUUGCUCUCAGCUCAUUAUCCUCCUAGACAGAUGCUGAGAGACUCUCCAAUGCUCUUGGUCACAGGAUGAUGUGAAUCUUCCUUGUGGGGCCUCUUUACUGGAUUUUAGGGACUGGUCUUCUGCUAAGAGAAUUCUCUUCAAAGGAAACUUUUUUAUGCCUCCUGCUUGCUGGCUAAACCAGUUUUUAAUUUAAAUAUAAUACUCUAUCAUGUAGCAACAGACUUGUAAGCAUGCUAACUGCAGGGAAGAUGUUUUUAAAAUUUCCUUUUUUGUUUAACUGAAUAAAAGGGUUGUCUUAUGAAGGUCUGAGUAUCUGAUUCCAGUAUAAUGUCCUACUGCUGGGGGUGGGAUCCUGGAAUAUUAGAGGGGAACCAGGCUUAGAUCAUUUGAAUUUCCAUCCUUCACAAGCAUAAGUGGGAGAAGCAAAUUCUUACCAUUCGUUAUUUCCUUUGAAAUACAGAAGGCAGUGUGGGAUCUCCAGAUUCCUGGCUGCAAGACAAGGGUGGAUAAGGACCAGAUACGUGAAGUUGUGUUAGUGGGAAUAAUUCUGCGUCUGAACUUGAUGGAGAACUUUAGUACCUGUCUCUUAAAUGCAUCUAUGGAGACUGGAGCUCUAACCCUGAAUACCAAACAGGGCUGAAGUCUCAUCCCUGGACCACAUGAGAUGGCAGUACUCUUCAUCUUUCUUUUCAGGAGAAAGUAAUUCUAAUGCAGCUCAUGGCAAAGAUGAAAUAACUAGCUGAGCAGGUUAAACUCUCAAACUCUGAAGGUUGGUGGAUCUCUGGUACCCCUUGUAGGGAAGAGUUGUCCCACCCUGCUAAAUGAAGUGUUGUGGCAGGGUUCAAGCUAUCAUUGGCUUUAUUUUGCCACUAUAAAUAACAGCGAAAGCUGCCUACACUUUAAGUGGAUGUGCUAAUCUGUGAAGGGAGGAGUAAAAAAUAGCUCAGUGUUGGAGUAGUGCUAUUUCCUCUUAAACAUCAGCUCAGAGCCUGGAACCUAGCCUAGCAUCGAAAGGACUACAGGGUGUGAAAUUGCCUGGCUAUUUCUGGGAUUUUCUUGUAGGUUUUCCACACUCAAAAUGUGGGGAUGCUGUUUCUAUGGAAAAAGUCCCUCCAGGAGCAGGUACAACCUGAUUUUUGACUGGCUGUAGUCCCAAGUGCUGCCUAUCCCCAAUAGAGGGCACUCCUAGCCUCUGAUAAAGGAACCCCCUCGUGGAAAAACUACUGCUCCUUCAUCUCAUGGCAUGCUGGAGAUGCAAACAACUACGAGUCGCUGCUGUAACAGAGUAUAGGGC